UUUUUGCGAAGUUCUGUUCAACUUGCACACCCAGCGACGUCUCUUCUUGCACUUCAGAGAAGAGAAAACCUAAUGAUAUAUGUGUAUACAGGUGAGAGACAUUCUUAGAAGAACGACAGAGCUAAGAAGUCAGAAGGAUGAGUCUCUUCGCGCGAGAACGGCAGCAAGAACUGAACACACUUGCCUGCUUGGCCAUGGGGUUAAAGGGCUGGAAGACAACUGUUGAACUUCAUAAUGAUUCCUUUGCAUGUGGAAGGAUUGUUGAAGUUGAUGUGAAAAUGAAUAUUGAGAUGAGUGAAGUGAGAUACACAGAUGGAAAUGGAAAGAUGUUGAAACUGGACAAUUUUCACGUGUCAGGACGCAGAAUCAGAUACAUACACAUUCCAGAUCAGGUUGACAUAAUGAAGAUGAUCGAGAAGAGGGUCCUACCAAACCAACCGCAAAAGAAGAUCACCAAGAAAGCUCACAUCGCUCUCAAGAGGACCCAGCAGACGCUCAAGAGAUACAGGCGGGAACAGGAAGCUCAGGCCGGGGGGAGUAAAGAGGGAACGUAAAGCUCUAGCGGAGUUAUGCUUCGAGAUGAAGAGAUGUGCGUUUCCUGUCUUUU